UCAAGUCAAAGCUAAAGUUAUCAAAUGUCAACACUGUCAAACAAAUCGGUUUCCACUGAAUUUUCAGUAAUUCAGUUACAGAAUUUUUAAUUUAUCGGUAGCUAAAAGUGAAAUUUGUUUCCAUUUACCAGUAACAUGAUGCAACAUCAGUACUGGGUAACAAAAAAGACUGUGCUAAAAAAACUAGGAACCAAAGAGGAUGAGUGUAUUGUUGCGUCCGACGCCGAGCUUGAUGCCAAACUGGAAUUAUUUCGAUCAAUAUCAGACAGCUGCUUACAAUUACAGCGAGUAUUGGACCAAUAUCAGGAGCGAUUGUGUAUUUUGGCUCAAGAGGAAAAUUCAUUAGGAAAGUUCUUGCGAGAUGCAGGGAAAAAUGCGGAUGCGUCUGGUAAACACAUGGUAUCAGCUGGAAAAGCAAUUUCCUAUUCUGGUCAGCAGCGCUUAUCGGUGAGGGGGCCGCUCUUGAGGCUUUAUCAUGAAGUGGAAACGUUUCGAGGUCGCGCCGUGAGCGAUAUGCGGGCGACUGUGUCGGCUAUGGAAAAAGCCCGAAUUGAGUACCGCGCCGCUCUCAGCUGGAUGAAAUCGACGAGCGCUCAGUUAGAUCCUGAUACUGGACGCGGCCUUGACAACUUCCGAAAGGCACAGCGACAAGUACGCGAGAGCAAAAAGCUGUUUGAUAAACUUACUCUGGAUGUGUUGCAAAAAAUUGAUCUCUUAGCUGCGGCAAGAUGUAACAUGUUUUCUCAUGUGCUCUCAAACUACCAAGGGUCCUUCAUAACUUUUGCUACGAAAGUGGCACAAACUCUGACAGCCACUGCGGACACGAUGAAUGCCACUCCGCAGUAUGAGUUUUCUAUCUUGAAGGAAUUAUCUCAGACAUUGGGUGAGAGUGAAGGCAAGCAGGAGGUUACACCACAGGACAAAGAUCAGAUGUUAUUCUUCCAGGAUGAAUUUAAAGAUGAUAAUCCAGAAACCAGUGAGAAAUCUAAAACAGACAACGAAAAUGACAAACAACCGUCCAAUGAGAGAGAUGCGAAGCCCAGUACUUCGCUAAACUUAAUUGAUACAAGCUACUUGGAAUCAGAGUCAUCUAGCGGGAAUGCUGGAAUACUAUCUGAAUUAGCUGGCCUACAAUUGGAUUGUGGUGAUGGACAAGGCGAUUUUGGAACCUUUUUGCCUUCUCAAUUGUUACAGAACUCAUCCAGCUUGCUCCAAGGCCCGAUGACCCCAGUAAGCAGCAACAACAAUCAGACACAAGCAGUGAAAUCGGUACAAACUUCGAAGCCAACACCAAGUUCCGUUAUUCCAAAGAAAGAGGAUAAAGCAGCAUGGUUCAAACUCUUUGCGGAACUGGAUCCUCUUGCUAACCCUGAUAACCUUCUAGGGUCCAACACCAAUCAGAGCCAUGCAGCCUAAUGCAAUUUAGGUAAUUUUCUAGUGAAAGAGCUUAGAUUAUGUUGAAACACAUUCAUUUUAAAUAACAUAGUGGUGUUGUCUCUGUCUAUGCUAUCCUGGACACUGCAACUAUACCUUAUGCGCCGUAACAAGGUGCGGCUGACAGAUUCAGUAACGUUUCGUAUCACUCUUGAAAGUUGCUGCGAUUUAAAAAUUAUGCCUUACUAUAUUAGCUGUGUCACAUUUAUAUUAUGUUAAAUCAUUCGGAAGUGUAGUUAAUUAAAUUAAAACCAACCGGAAUGUUCUAGUCUUUAAAUAAAAUCUAAUGAAAUGAAAAAUAAAGUAAAGUGUUAUGCGUAUAACGUAAAUCCAUAGUCGUGUUUAGUGAUGGGAUGUACUGCUACGAUGGAUAGGUAGUCGAUGUUUUUUUAGAAUAAAAAACGAAAAUCGUGCGUCGUUCAAUUAUCAUUCUUAAAAAACCUUUAAUUAUGUGGGUAAAUCUACUGUAGACGCGGCUCUCUCUGCCCGAACCACAGUGACUUUAUCUGAGCACAAAUAAGUAGUAGACUUUUCCGGCGCCUUUGAUAAUGUGUGGUGGUACUUAAUCUGAAAGAUCGUGGUUGCUUUAGUAACAUAUAUAAACUAAUAUACACUUAUAUUCUUCACGGUUCUGUAAAACUGAAACUCUGAAACCCCUCAGGGCUUGGUCACAAAAUAUUUAUUUUGACAAGUAUAUACACGUAGUUACACUGCACAACUAAAUAACACACACAUUUAAUAAAAAAAUUAAAGAGAAUUAAAUGUAUGCUGCGAGUAUCGAUAGCGAUGAAAAAAGAUUUUUCUAAUGUCCAUCCCUAAAGAGAGACGUCAACGUCAUACUGGCAUCUGUCAGCCGCACCUUGUUACGGCGCAUAGGGUAUAAUAGCAAUGAAUUCGAAUUCACCAAACACUUGUUGCCAUCACCAUCGAAACAUGACACUGUUACUGACAAAUAGCUUGAUUUCAAUGCAUAUUUUCACACAAACUUCUGAAGUAAUGAAUUCAUGUUGACCUAUACCCUUGGUAUGAGUUUGUACGAGAGCGCAUUCGGCGCUCUGAUUGGCCGGCUCGAAUAAUCCAACUAAUCAGUACUCUUAGUACAUGUUUGCUUUUACGCCUUCGGCACUCUGAUUGUUGGUUCAUUUGCGCCGGCCGCACUCUCGUUUCGUUUGCUUGACAUAAAGCAAAUUCAUACUUAAGGAACCUGAAAUUUGUAUACAAUUAUUGAGGUAAAUUACGUUGAAAUGUCUAUGUCUAUGAAUAAUAUGGUAUCUAAAGCAGGAUACUAUACUACCUAUAGAUGUUGGAGUGAUUAAAGUCAUAAUUACGAAUGACCUAUACCUAUUCACGGUGAUAAAUAAGUGAUGUACUUGAAGUAAAAAAGAAGUUUAUGUAUAGGAGUAUUUAAAAAUAUAUAAUAACAAAUAUGUUUGAUCCUAGAAAUAACUUGGAUUAGUACAAUGAAUGUAUUACUAUGCUCAUUAGCUUACAAUAUUUAUAAUCAUGUAUUUUAUGUACAUUUUAUAUAUUGUACACUGCUCUACUAUUUAAAAUGUAACAAUCUGAUAUAAAAGAUCUGUUGAUGUGACAAGUAAAUCCGAGUAAUCGAAUAUUGGGGCUCCAAUCCUAUCAAGCAUCUUCGGAUUCUGUCGUGGCCCGAGUGGGACUUAGCACAAGCGUGUGAUCCGUGGGACGCGACAAAAUGGUGGCCCAUUUAAUUUGAUAAUUUAUCAAUCGUAGUACUUAAGUUGUAUAACAUUUUGUGUGUUGGAAUUCUUGUUUAAAUAUAUAUUUAGCUAGUUUUAGAGUAUUAUAUUUAAAGUACUUAAUUUUAUCACCAAAGAUUGAUGUUAUUUGUAUGUUUACUAUAUUAAUAUUAUGUUGGUGUUAUUUAGAUUAAUUAUUUUAUUGUGAUAAAGUAUAUGUAACAAACCUAUUUACAUUCCGAUUAUUGUGUUUAUAAUCGAUUUCCUACUUUAUUAUGCGAUGGGAAUAUUUUGAUGAGUCAUUUCUUGUUAUUUAACAUUAACAAAAAAAAGCAGAAUUGUUGGACAAUAAAAGUCUCAUGAAUAUGUAUCAAAAAAACCGAUGUUAUUAUUGUCAUGAAUAAAAAAAUUAAACAUCUGUAAAAUUACAAUGUUAAAAUGUUUUUACAAUCAAUCUGUACACUAAUAUAUCUAGUCAUCUAUGGAUCUUAUGCUUUUAAAAGGAAUUAUACCAAAAAUUUAUAUGCUUUAUAUCCUUACAAUUAUAAUUAGAUUGUUUUAGUUUUAGGAUAUUAUUUUAUUUACUUUUUAGUGUUAUGUGCAUUCCAUUUUUAAUCUUAAUUAAAAAUAAAUGUAACUGA